AAUUUUUAGUAUUCAUACAUGUGACCAUUUAAUAUCACUAACUGAAAGUUUUUUUUCAAGGUUACUAGUAUGUUUUGACAACGAUAUGCAAGUCACGGGAUACGGAUGACCACCUUUCCUCGGAAUGAGAUCAAAAUGUCUGCAAAACAUGCAUGUCACAUCGACAGAGUUAAAGGAAUUUUCAGCAAAAGCUGGAAUCUUUGUUUUUUCUUCAUCAUCAUGACGAGUUUGACAUGUGUAUUGCCUUUCCAGUUUCGACAUAACAGAGCAGCACGAACUCCAUGUUUGGAAUCAUCAAAGACACUCCGGGAAGUACAGAACUGCCCAACAAAUAAGGAUACUUGGGAGGAAAGAUCAAGAUUGAUGGAUUGUGGGAAUAUUCAACAUAACUGUUCUGAAACCUCACUCGUCUACCAUUGUCUUUUGGAUCAAUAUGGAAGAGGUUUAAUGGAGGUGUGCGCUUUAAGUACAGAAAUUAUAGGAAGACGAUGUGCCGAAUAUAACACAGGUGCAAUGAUUAUACAAGAACAUUUUGCAAAAAGGUGCAGAAUGUGUCCGUUUGCUUACAAUUCCAACGUUGGCUACCUUUAUGGUGAAUGUUUUCAAGUAGAUGAACGCGAAUUGACAACGGAAAGUGCUACAAUAAAGCAACACAGCUCAACACUCUCACUGGUAAUGAGUUCAACCUUUUCUGAAAGGAAUUCAUCUUCAAAUACGGAACAUAUUGAUGUCACUGAAGAAAAUUUCGUCUCGAUGAUAACUCCAAUUAUCAUUGGCUUAAUCUUACCGGUUUUAUGUAUCACGUGUACAGCAUUGGUGAAUGUACUGAUUUCAUUUAAACCCAAAGAAUUGACAUCAUCGGAAAGAGAAAAUGAGGAUUUUAUAGAAUUGACACCUCUAAUGAUGGGAAACAUGCAAAAAACUGUAUCAGAAGUUUCUGAUGAAGAUGUCAUUCAGCAAUGGAAGGAGGAAGAUUCCUACUUUUUUGAAACAAAAUCUUUCUCGGCAAUGAUGGAAAAGGUUCAAAAGAAAAGUUAUAUGACAUUUGUUGGUGUGGCAGGUUCAGGAAGAUCAGCAACUGUUCGCCACAUCGCCCUAAAAUUCCAAGAUGAAGGAUACAAAAUUGUACCUGUUCAAGAUAUUAGAGAUUUGCAGUUACAGUUCUUUGAUAUUCAUAAACCACAAAUUUUUAUCAUUGAUGAUGUCGUGGGUGAUUCAGGCCUUCACAGAGAAAAAUUGACUUGUCUUUUAGAAUGUGAGGAAAGAAUUACAAAUCCGCGUUUAACAAAAUCAAAAGUGCUAAUGACAUUCAGAGAAGAUGUGUUUGACAAAUGUUGUAAAUCGUUUUUUACUAGUGAGCAGCAUGUCAUUAGACUGCAAACGGAAGAAACAUUGACUGAUGAUGAUAAAAGAGAAAUUCUUGAAAAGCAUGGAUUGGAUAGAGAUUUACUUUCUUUUUCUUCGCUUAGAAAAAGUUUCGAUAUGUUCCAUCUUCUCUGUAAACUUUAUUUGAAAGAAGACACUUUCAGGGCAUAUGGUGAAAUUUUUUUUAUCAGCCCGCUCCAGUGUAUCUCCAGAGAACUGGACAAAAUGUCCAUUGAAAACAACGUCUGGUAUGCUGCACUUGUUUUGUGUGUUUUCAAUAAUGACAAACUUUCUGAAGAGAUUCUUGAAAUCGAAUCAAACAAAGAUUUCCAAGAAAUGAAAUUGACUGUCUUAAAAAAAUGCGAAAUUGAAAUUGAUCCAAAAGAAAUAAAAUUUGUCAAUGCAUUGUCAGCAAUGGAUGGAACAUAUACUAAAAAGUACGGGAAAGAUUACAUAAUUAUUCAUGACUUAAUAUUCGACGUUAUUGCAUGUCACUUUGGUUCAAAGUUUCCAGAGCUCAUUUUGAGGUAUAUGAGUACCAGUUAUAUAGUGCAUAAUGUAAAAACAAUCUCUCCGUGGAAUCCGAAAAAAGUAAAAGUAGUUGAUGUUUCAAACCAAAUCAAAGACGAAAGAAAGAAAUAUACUGAACAUACAUGUAGUUUAAGAUUACAUUCAAAAUAUUAUCCAUUGCUAGCGGAGAGACUAUAUGAAGAUUUAAAGAAAAUGGAACUGCAAGAUAUUUUUGGUAGUGAUAUUUUGAAACAUCCAGAUGUAUGUCAGGCAUUGUUAGAAGUGCUCAAAAAGGAUAGCUUCGAAAAAAUAAAAUCUGUAUUUCUGUCAGAGCAUGAGGAUGCAACAAAAUUAGAAAUACGAUGGCGAGAUGCAGGACGAGAUAUCAGUGAAAGAACAAAAGAUCUGCGAAAACAGCAACUACUGCUUAAUAAGAAAUUGAUAGGGUAUAAAAUUGUAAACAGUGUGAGAGGAAUAAGCUGGGUAAUUUUAUACGGACAUUAUCAGAUCUUACGCUACAUUGUUGAGGAAACUGAAAAACACAGAAAAACAGAAACCGAGUUAUUUCAGGAAUUUGCUGAAGAAUAUAAUUUUUCAAAGCCGAAAGAAACAGGCACCAAUGACGAAACUACGUUCGACUUGUCUUUCAGUACGAAAGAAGAUGAAACAAUUGAAAAAAGCGAAAGGGAAGAUAAUCAAAACAAGUUUUCGAUUGUAUGUGAAAGAACACGCUUACUUAUUUUGGGAUGUUACAGUGGUGAUCUAGAGACUGUAAAAAUUUUGCUUAAGUAUAUUGAUAAAGAGUCUUUGAACACGCCAUUGCCAUUUCCUAACGAUAUUUCUGAUGCAUGGUACUGGGAUACACCACUUACGGCUGCAUGUGAUUCUGGCAAAACACCUAUCGUGGAAGAAUUGCUUCUGAUUGGGGCUAACGUCAAUCAGGUGGGUAAAUUAGUAACACCACUUAUAUCUGCAUGUCAGGGUGGAUAUUUAGACAUUAUAGAGAUCUUGCUGAAGUUUGGUGCUGAUGUCAAUCUACCAGGUGCAUUUGAUAUCCCUCUUACAUCAGCAUGUAGGAGUGGACAUGUGAAGGUGAUGAAGAUUCUGCUCACAAAUGGAGCCAACGUUAAUCAGCAAGGUAAAUGCGAUACUCCUUUAACAGCGGCGUGUAAAAAAGGACAUUUAGAUCUUGUGCAGCAAUUGAUAGAAGCGGGUGCUGAUGUCAAUCUUUACGACCAGUCGAAUGAAUCUCCACUUACAACUGCAUAUAAUGGCGGUCACGAUAAAAUAGUGCUGGAGCUGCGAAAUUAUGGAGCUGAUUACUAUCUACCAAAAGCGCCAUGUAUGUAUAAUGAAGAAGAAAUUAGUGUUGCCAAUGAUAUAAUCAUGGUGGAUGGUUUUGAUAUAAGAUAGAAAAACGUUUAUAAACUUUUAUAAUAUAUUUUACUAAACUCUCUUUUUUAAGAUACAUGUAUUUAUUCAUUAUUUUGUAGUGUCAAUUCUUCUCAUAUAUUAAUCCUCCGCCCCCUUUCUUUUAAAUUACAAUAUUAGAAUAUUUUUUUACUAUUGACAGAUACAUAUACAUUAAUGUUUAACAUGAUUCAAUAUGCAUCAUGUAUUAAUAUUUAUUUGAAGAUUCUUCGAUAAGA